AUGGACUUCACACAAGCCGAGCAGGAUGAGAAUGUGGACCCGGACAUCGAUGAGGAAGGAUACUACUUCCCGGGAGAGCUCGCGCGGGAUCCGAAUGCUGCGAAGCAAUCCAAGUACAAGAUUCAUGUUCCUACCAAAGGCGGCAAGUUUCCCGACAUGGUCUUCACUCAAACGCAACAUGGAUUGGACGAGGAUCCCACGAAGUUCAGAGGAGCGAUUUGGAAGAGACCUCCAAAACCGCCGGUCCCUGCUUUUGGCAUGCAGAACAAUGCAGCUGCGAACAUUCGACCGAAUGGGAAUGCACCUCCCGUCGAAGAAGAUGAUGCCGCCCUCGCUGCUCGUCUUCAGGCAGAAGAGAAUGGUUUGGGUCUCCCUGCUGCGAAUCCACGGCAGAACUUUACCUCCCAGAACAAUUUCCAGGAGUACGACAUGACGCAGGAGCUGGCUGAUCUGCCUUCCGAUGCUUUCUCGUCCUCAUCCCCGGAGAAGUCGCCAGCAAAAGGCGUCAUCGAGCUUUCGUCUCAGCUGGAAUCUGGAGCAGGGCCUCCGCAGCGACUUCGAGGUCCACAAACCGGUCUGAAGCAGCUCACAAUUUUCGGUCAACCUGCAACGCAAGGCAUCACUGCUUCACAAGCCGCGAAGAAGAGACAUGCCUGGCCUCUGGCGAACAAGGAGGAGCCACCUACACAUCACAAGCUUGACGACAAGGAGAUGAAAUCUUGGGUGUAUCCCACGAAUCUCGGCACAAUCCGCGACUAUCAAUACAACAUUGUCUCCCGCAGCUUGUUCCACAAUACACUGGUCGCCCUUCCAACUGGACUGGGGAAGACCUUCAUCGCCGCAACGGUCAUGCUGAAUUACUAUCGCUGGACAACCUCCGCGCAGAUUGUGUUCAUGGCUCCGACGAAGCCUCUCAUCGCUCAGCAGCUGGACGCAUGUUAUGGUAUUGUGGGCAUACCACGCCGCGACACCGUGUUGAUGACAGGUGAGACGACACCCGGUCGCCGUGCUGAAGAAUGGCUGGAGAAGCGAGUGUUCUUCAUGACUCCGCAAACAGUGAUCAACGAUUUGAAGACUGGCAUUUGCGAUCCGAAGAGAGUCGUUUUGCUGGUCGUGGAUGAAGCGCACAAGGCUACUGGUGGGUAUGCCUACACCGAGGUCAUCGCAUUCAUGCGUCGCUUCAACAAUAGCUUCCGAGUACUGGCUCUAACGGCCACACCUGGAUCUACCGUCGAGGCCGUGCAGGCUGUCAUUGACAAUCUUGGAAUCGCGAGAGUGGAGCUGCGCACCGAGCAGUCAAUCGACAUUCGCCAGUACACCCACGAGAAGCACACCGAGACUGAGGUCUUCGACUACAGCGAGGAGCAACGCCGAAUUAUGGACCUGUUCUCACAAGCGGUCAAGCCGUCUUUGGAGAAGCUGUGCAGCAAUGGCGCAUACUGGUCGAGGGAUCCCAUGGCCAUUUCAGCAUAUGGUUUGACGCAGUCACGACAGAAAUGGGCGAGCUCUGAAGCGGGACGCAAGGCACCAAUGCCAGUCAAGGGAAUGCUCAAUGCCAUCUUCAAUGUGCUCUCCCGACUUGCGCACAAUGUCGGAUUGCUCAAAUUUCAUGGUGUCGUGCCUUUCUACACCGGCGUUCUGAGCUUCGAGAAAGAGGUCACCAGCGGUCUGACCAAAAGCAAGACUGCUGCAGCCAUCGCAAACAGCGAGCCGUUCGUCAAGAUGAUGGGUACGAUCCGGUCUUGGACUAACAACCCCGACUUUAUUGGCCACCCGAAAUUGGAAUACCUGCGAGAGGUCGUCCUGAACCACUUCCUCGACGCAGGAGAAGGUCGACAGGGAAGUGACGUACCACCCUCUGCCACGAGAGUGAUGGUAUUCGCAAGCUACCGAGACAGUACGGAGGACAUUUGCCGAGUUCUUAAGCGUAAUGAGCCAAUGAUUCGCCCGCAUGUGUUCGUCGGUCAGGCUGCUUCCAAGGGAUCGGAAGGUAUGGAUCAGAAGCGGCAGAAUGCUGUUAUCCAAGACUUCAAAAGUGGGAAGUAUAACUGUCUGGUUGCGACCUCGAUUGGCGAGGAGGGUCUGGACAUUGGCACGGUCGACUUGAUCGUCUGCUACGAUGCGUCGUCAUCGCCGAUUCGAAUGCUGCAACGUAUUGGGCGCACGGGUCGAAAGCGUGUUGGCCAGGUCCGCCUAUUGCUGAUGAAGGACAAAGAGGAGAAGGACUACGCAAAAGCCCAGGACAACUACGCUUACAUCCAGAAGACGAUUGCAGACGACAGCAAGUAUGCUUACCGUGAUGAUCAGAGUCCUCGAAUCUUGCCCAGGGAAGUCAAGCCCAUCGCCGACAAGCGACCUGUGGACAUUCCACCCGAGAACAGCCAGCCGAUCGACUUGAACGAGAGAGCUCGAAAAGGCAGAGGCAAGGCACCAAAGAGACCUCCGAAGAAGUUUCAUAUGCCCGACAACGUGCGAACCGGCUUCGUCAAGGCUUCCCGCAUUGGAUCCGAUGAUGACAGCGCUGAGCAUGCACCUGUGGCUCAAAAGAAGGCAGCCGCGAAGAAGAAACCAGCUCCCGCUAAACGACGCCAACCUUCACCUACGCCUGAGCCCGAGAUUGCUGCACUGCCUUACCUCGCUGAUGUCGUGUUGACCGACGCACAGCAGCAGGAACUGGAGACUGCUUAUGCUCGGACUGCUGACGAUGGUGAAGAUGCUUUGAUCCAGCCUAUCGAUGCCGCAAGCUAUCCUGCUGCUAAACUUGUCGAACUCGGGCCGACGAAGCACAUCCGUCACGGUCGCAUGGCUGAGUUGGUGCAAAAGACCAUGCGAGCCAUUUGUGAUGUCGAUAAUGACACGAUCCAGCGGCUGGAAGAGAAUCUGCAUUUG